AUGGGUCGUGCCUGCGCGGAGUGCCUACGAAUGGUUCUCGUUAUCUAUAAUUUCAUCCUUGUGCUGAUAGGGCUGGUGAUUCUGGGCUUCGCAGUGUACGCCUACAUAGAACCGGUAGCGCAGGAGUUGAUAGAGGUCUCCAACCGCCGCACCACCGCUACGGUGGUGCUCUUCGUGCUAAUGGGCCUGGGCUCGCUGACCCUCAUAGUGGCGCUCUUCGGCUGUUGCGGAGCCUACCACGAGUCACCCUGCCUCCUUGCCACCUAUUUCAUUUUCCUCAUCAUCAUCUUCGCAGUCCAACUGUCCGGUGCCGCCGCUGGCUACUUCUACAAGGAAAAAAUAUUUGAAAACACCGAGCGGCGGAUGCGCGAGGGCGUGUUUGAGCACAUGAAGCCCAUACCCACACUUAAUCGACAGCCCGUACUGAUGAACGCGGUGCAGAAAAUGUUUGAAUGCUGCGGUGUGCAAGGUCCUAGCGACUAUGACGGAAAGAUACCCAUGUCUUGUUGCAUCGCCUCACGGAGCUCCUGCAACACCGCGGAAUUCAGAGAGGACGAAAUUUACACACAUGGCUGUCUGGACAAGUAUAAGGAGGCUGGUGUCUCCUUCUUGCAAAUCCUCUUCCUUGUUGUGUUCGCUAUUUCCUUCUUUGAGAUAUUUGGCCUCCUUUUCUCCAUCAUCAUGUGCUGCAUUGUGCGAAAGUAUACAGCGGAUUACUACGAGGUGGACUACGCGCCUGCAUCAUAA